AACCUUGAUGACCUGGACUUGGACUCAGACUUUUCUUUGGUGACUUGGACUUGGACUCUGACCAAUCUGGGACAUCUCUCUGGAGACUGGGCUAUGAACAUGGAUCCAGAAUCACGGUUGUCAGUUAGUCCGUCCGUCACCCAUUCACCCAUGACCAACGUAUGGAGCCACUUACUCGCCCUCACAUUCACACAUUCAUAUCUACCAUUAACUGUUGUUGGACUGACGCGGAUGAAGCUGUGAAAACCCACUCACAUGUGAAAGAACCAGGAUUCAAACCCUGAACCUUCCUGCUGUGAGUCACUGAACCACCACAAAAACCCUCUAAAACCUCUCCUCACUGAUCUUAAAUGACCACAUGUGUUGUGAUUGUAUCAUUGGGGACCCUCCUGCCCCGCCCACAUCCACAUGAUUGACACCUGUCCGUCACACUGUGUCCCCUCCUUCACGUCAUAUUAAAGUCCUGUUUCCUCGUCCGCUGUUGUCCUUGUUUCCUCAGCUUCCUCGCACGCUGGGAUGGACGACAUGUACGAGCUAGACACCCUGGUCCCUCCUCUCACUCCCAUCAGUAAGGAGGUUCUUAGUCAGGCUGUGAAGGCCAGUUUCUCUGGAUUCACCCUGGAGAGAAUCACUCGCCAAUUUCCACCAGACCCAACGCUGUGGUCUCACUGGGAGGUGAACCACUGGUUAGACUGGUGCCGGGCCGAGUUUGGACUCCAGGUCCUGGACUCGGACCUGCGUGGUCUGCAGGGCAGUGAACUGUGUGGUCUGGACCGAGAUGCUUUCCUCAGCCUGAUGUCCGACUGCACCGCAGGAGAGAUCCUGUGGGAACAUCUGGACACCAUGAGGAGAGAGAACGACUUUGAUUGCCCUUCAUUACAAAUGUGCACUGAACCGUCUUACUGUCAACUUCAAGUCAACAAAGACAUUCACUCGGACAAAAACGGUUACCACCACCACGUUCAGUAUGACGUCACAGAGACGACAGAGAUUCACACUCUGGACACUGUGUCUCUUGAGCAGCAGCAUUACUAUCUGAACAGAGCCUCGCCAGCUCUGUGUCACAACACAGGAGUAAACGGAGAGACAGACUCAGAGGUGGACAUUGCUCACAGUGAUGACUCCGACAUUGUGGACGCUCUGUCGUGGACGGCACCCCUCCAGGACAUAGACCAAGCCGUGGAUGAGACCAUGUCCGAAGGUGUCUUUACCUUACCGCAGUCACACCAGACCUUCAAAGACUAUGUGGGCAACAAGACCGAUGUGGGCAGAGCUGUGAUCCCAGCAGCCGUCCUCGCUGGCUACACCGGAAGUGGUCCCAUUCAGCUGUGGCAGUUCCUCCUGGAGAUGCUGACGGACCGCAGCUGUCAGUCGUGUAUCAGCUGGACAGGAGACGGUUGGGAGUUCAAGCUCACAGACCCUGAUGAGGUGGCGCUGCUGUGGGGCCGGAGGAAGAACAAACCCAAGAUGAACUACGAGAAGCUGAGCCGCGGCCUGCGCUACUACUACGACAAAAACAUCAUACGCAAGACGGCCGGCAAGCGCUACGUCUACCGCUUUGUCUGCAACCUGCAAGGCCUGCUGGGAUACGAGCCCGGCGAGCUGCACGCUAUGUUGGACGUCAGUCCUAAGAGUCGCUCAUGACACAAAUACAAGUAUUGGGAGGACAAAGCAAAGAGACACUUUUUUCCAUAUGUGCGAGGAUGCUAACGUUGUAUGCUAACAGAUGACAUGUAGCACUUUUCGCUUGUUGUCGCUGUCAAUCAAUAAAACUCUAAACA